AUGGACAUAGAUAGCGAUUCGUUUUCAUCUCUAUCCGAUGACAUUCCUGAUAAUAUCACAGAGGUUGUGGAUCCCGAGCCUUCCCAGUCGGUUGAUGACGUUCUGAUAAACCUGAGCACCGAAAGAUAUGAAUUAAACACCUUUCCCCUCGAUUCAGACCAUAGGUUGAAGAGGGGAGCAAUUCAUUCAAUAGAACUGCACAAUUUCAAGAGCUACUACGGGACCGUAGUCAUAAAUAAGCUGUCCUCGUUCAACGCAAUCAUUGGUCCUAACGGAUCAGGAAAAUCCAACUUAAUGGAUGCAAUAUCGUUCGUUCUGUGCAUAAGGGCGUCCACAUUGAGGGGGAGUAACCUGAGGGACCUGAUCAACAAGAACCCGGAUAAAUCUGAUCCUAUUGAAAGUAGAUACGCAUACGUAGCGUUGACACUAAAGGGGGACACGGGAUACUCGGUUUUCAAAAGAGCUAUCAACAGCAAGGGGAACAUAAGUUACAUAUACAACAACAACGUCAUAACCUUCAAGGGAUACACAGAGGCGUUGAACGAGUACAAAAUUAACACCUUGGGAUCGACAGGGCUGAUAUUCCAGGGCUCGGUGAACGACAUGAUAUCGAGGUCGCCAUCGGAGCUGACGAAGCUGUUUGAAAACAUAAGUGGAUCGUCCCUGUACGAAAAGCCUUACAACUACAUAAAGGAGAAGCUGGAACUGACCCGGUCGGAUUACAAAAACGUUCUGUCCAAGAAGAAGCAGCUAAACAACGAACUGAAGCAGUUCAGAACGAUUAAGUCGUCAAACAGAAAGUACCAACAGCAGCUGGAAGAAUAUAACCAAACACAGUUGGACUCGUACACAUGUCAGUUUAACAUUCUGGCAAGCAAGUUCAGCCACUCGAGUUUAAGAUAUAAGAAGCUGACGAACGACUACAAAGAUCUGGUUCAAAAGUUUGAAAAAUCGACGAAGAGAAAGAACGAAUUGGAGGAAAAAAUUGCAAAUCUGUACUAUAACCAGGGGAAGGUAAAUAGAGCAAUUCAGCAGAAGACACAAACACUGAACGAAAAGAGGACCUCAAUGAAGGAAUUCUUCGCAAGGAAAGCGUCGCUGGAGAGUCAAAUUGAAAACAUCGUUUCGAUGAAACGUAGCGCAGAAAAUGACGCAAUAAGUUUGAGGAAACAAUACGAAAAAUAUAGGAAGAGCAGAGGCGACGCAGCAGACGAGAUGAGUAGGAUAAGGAAGGAGAUGGACCUGGCACAAGGUGAUGCGGUUAUGCUGACAGAAGGACAAACGGAAGAAUUUAACAAGUAUUUGAAGGAAUUCAAGAACUUGACGUGCUCAAUCAACGUAAACAUCAACGUAGUGAAGACGAGUAUGAAUCAGUAUAAGUCUGAGAAUAAACAGGUUGCUGGAAGAUUGAAGGGGUUGGAAUCCCAGAUGGAACUAGUAGACGAAAGUAUCCAAAAGCACGGACAGUUGAUAGAUAGUCUUGAGUCGAAGCUAGUGGAUUAUAAAGAUGAGCUGGAAACACUGCAAAUCACAGUGCAUAAGAUGGAAAAUGAAAAAAGUGAAUUGCUGGAAGAGAGAGAGGAGUUGUCGACGAAGAGAGAAAGGUACGAUGAAAAAAUAAAGUCACUGGGAGUACUGAAGUACGAACACAACUACAUGUUUAAGAAGUCGCUGGUCAACAGUGAAAUGAGUAAAGCAGUAGACAGAGUGCACGGAGAAGUGAUGGCGCUGUUCGAAGUGAGUAACAGCUCGUACGUCAAGCCAGUGAUGAGCGCACUGGGAAGUAGAGUGCACACAAUCGUGGCGGGAGACUACAAGGCAAUCACGGAGUGCAUACAGUUCCUGAAGGAGAAGAAGGCAGGAAGAAGAGAAUUCUUGGCGUUAGAUACGCUGAAUCACGACAAGUCUGCAGCGAGGAGAGCAAUAAGUCAGCACCUGCGAAGAGUGCCGAAGCUGGAGUACGUCUUCGUAAUAGACUCCAUAGACUUCGAGGACAGGUUUAGGCCGCUGUUUGAGUACCUGGUGGGAGACACGCUGAUAGUGCCGACGCUGGACGACGCAGAAAGAGUGGUGAAGAUAAAUAUGCAACUAAGCAGUAGUGAGAGGACACUAAGAGGAUCGGGACCGUCAAGUACAUCAGACGCAUUUACAGCAACCACAAACUCGUCAACAAUGUCUAAAACAGCCACAACUUCAGCAUCUAAAACAGCCACAACUUCAGCAUCUAAAACAGCACCUAAAACGUUAAAAAAUAGAAAUGACAGUCAAUUGAGUUUCAACGUAGUAACACACAGCGGGCAGUUGAUAACAAGGGAUAAGACGAUAGUGAUAGGGUCGACAAUCGCAGCGAGUAACAGCGAAGUGGAGUCGGAAAUAGCGAAGUUUAACAAGUACGUUAACCUGUUGAACGAAGUGGAGAAGCAGCUGACGGCGAGCGUCAACAGAGAGAAGACGCUGAACGAUGAAAUACAAAACAAGAGCACGAAGCUGGAAAAGUAUAGGAGAAUGAUACAGCUGACGACCAUGAAGGCGGACCUGCUGAAAAAACAAAAGGAAUCGGUGAAGAUGCAGCAAAGUGAGUUGUCAGAAGAGAUAGGGAAGUUGACGAAGCAGUCGAAGACGCUGGAGAGGUCAAUAACGAACCUGACCGCAGAUUUGACGAAGGAAAACAAUAGGCUGGAGAGACUGAAGAUGGAGCACUUUGGACCGUUGAACAAGAAGUUCGGCGUCGAGGACGUGUAUAGCCUGAUGAAGACGAGAGAUGAUAAGGUGGACACUCUGAAUAACGCGCUGAGUGAGAAGAGAAGCACAGUCUCAAGGUACGACAGCGACUUGAAGGACCUGGAGACGAAGAUGGAAGCGAGUAAAAACAAGAUGGGAGAGUUGGAAAGGCAGCUGACGAAGUGCAGAAAGGAGCUGGAGAAGCUUAAGGAGUCUAACGCUAACGUGUGUGAAGAAAUGGAGAGGCUGCAGAAGGAAAUAGAGGACUACAGGGCGAUAUCGAACGAGUACGUGAGCAAGAUAGAGCGCUGCAACGCGGAGAUGAGCAGCCUGCGCCCGGACUACGACACGUACGGGCCGGACGGCAGAGUCAACGUGAUGGAGGAGAUCAGCUCCCUGAGGAACGAACUGAAGAGGAUAUACGCGGAGGCGGUGGGCCUCUCGGAGACGUGCAAAGUGAAGAACGUGCCUCUUGAAAUAAGAGUCCCGAGCAGUUUUAUGGAUUCGGAGGCGCCAUUGGAAGACAACUCGCCCAGCAGCAGUGGCCGUGAGUUUAGUGGUAGCAAUUAUAGCGGUGGUGUUAAUGGUAUGAAUGGUAUGAAUGGUAACCUUGGUAUGAAUGGUAUGAAUGGCAGCAAUGGCAGCCGUGUUAAUAAUGGUAGCAACUGUAGCGUUGGUGUUAAUGGCGACACCAACAGAAGUAAUAGCGACACCAACAGAAGUAAUAGCGACACCAACAGAAGUAAUAGCGACACUGACAACAGUGCUCACGAUGCCCAUGGUAGCACUGACAAAAGUGGAGGCGUCGGCCCAGCUUCGGUUAACCUUAAUAAGAUCGACGACGUGGACUACGCGCAGAUGAGCUUCCCAAAGCUUAUUGGACCAGACGGCGACGAAGUCAAGGGAAGCGGCCCAGUAAAGGCGGAAGAUAUGGCGACGCGGGAGAAGUACGAACUGGCAAUUUCAAACCUGGAGAAGAAGAACGAGUCGUACCAGAGGACGCUGAAGGAGCUGAAGAAGUCGCUGGCCUCGUGGAGGUCCUACAACAACGUCGACGACAGGCUCGAAGUCACGGGCGAGGAGCUGAAAAUGGUCGACAGGGAGCUCGAGGCGCUGCGAAGUCAGCUGGCGAAGCUGGAGUCGGACUUCGAGAACAUCAGGCGCGAGCGCGCGGGGCUCUUCCUGCACUGCUUCCAGGCAGUGAAGGAGAGCGUAGGACCCAUCUACAGCAGGCUCUCCGCGGUCGACGGCGCCGAGGGCCAGGCCUUCCUGAGUCUCGACGAGGCGGCCGGCCUCGACCCGGAGCCGUUCAACUGCAGCAUCCGCUACAACACCAUGCCGCCGCUCAAGAAGUACCUCGACCUGAACCUGCAGAGCGGCGGCGAGAAGGCGCUCUCCUCGAUCGCGCUCCUGCUCGCGCUCCACAACUACCGCGAGUCGCCGUUCGUGGUCCUCGACGAGGUCGACGCGAACAUCGACGCGCUCAAGCUCAGGAACCUCACCGACUUCCUGAGCGAGAGCGCAUUCCAGGUUAUCAUCAUCUCCCUCAAGGAGCGGCUCUUUUCGAGCGCUCAGCGCCUGAUUGGCGUGUACCGGCACCACCCGAGCUUCACGUCGAGGUGCCUCGUCCUCAACCUCGAGGAGUACGAGCGGGAGGAGUAG